AUGGCGGAACUGGAGCCUUCCUACAUUGACUAUGAGGCCUUCCUAGACCCGGAAUUCUCACCUACUGGAUUCGCCAACUCUCUCGUGCUCAGCACAAACAAUGCAACAGACACCCCCCUAGAUCUCUCCACACCCCUCUCACGAGUUCUUUUUGAUCUUCAGGAAAUCGACACACAUAUUCACAGCCUAACAACUAAGUCCGCACUGCCACUCCUGGACUAUACACAGGGUCAAACCGCUGCCGCAGAACAUAUCUUGAAAGAGACAGGGACUCAGAUUGCCUCGGUCACACAGGGCUACGAGCGCUUGGAAAAGGAAGUGCUGCAGAAAUGGCAAGCGGCUGAAGAUACCAGGAUAGCUGCUGAAAAGUCGCUGGCCACAGUUCGUCUUGCCAGGGCUGUUGCACGCUGCCUUACACUAGGUCGGCAGUUGGAAAGCCAAGUUGCGGAGAUCACUGGGAGGAGUACAAAUGGACAUGCGCCGGCAGCAGGAACUGACGGAGCAUCUACGGGGAAAGAAGGGCUUCGAGCUUUGGAAAGAGCUGCUUCUACAAUCUUGAAUCUACACCAAAUGUUUUCUGCCAGCUCAGAAGAGGAUGAGGGAUGGGGACUGGAGCGAGUGAAGGUCGCCCGUACACUGCGUAACGAGUUCGUGAUUCCGGCUGAGAAUCUGAUCAAGACAAAAGCGCAGCAGACUAUCAAUCGUUUCUCGAUAUCAAGUCCGGGUUCCAGUGGACAGCCCAGCUAUAAACAAGCCCGUGAUGCACGAUCACGUCUGGCAAACGCCUCCACUACUCUAUAUCUUCUCUCGCCCAUACCUAAAGCGAAAACGACCGUUUCCGACUACAAGCCUGAGCUUCUCCUCUCGACAUUACAGGGCUAUAUGCAGACAUCUAUCCAAGCAUCCGCGAACGCGCUCUCAAAAGCUCUCUCACAGCUCCCGAUCAUGGAACGCACCCUUGCCGAAGUUUCCGCACGUUGCCAGGAUAUUGUCGUAUUUGAGUCCAUCUUACGGAAUCUCCGGCCACCAUUGCACCCUCUGCUGAUCUCUACCCAUACACAACCUCCUACCGAUGAGACAUAUCCAAACACGACGAAUCUUCUUCAACCCCUCCUCCAAGCUCUUGACACGUCAUCUCUGCCAUCAUACUUUUGGCGCUCGCUCGCUUCAUCCCUCUCGUCUCGUGUGCAGGACAUUAUUAACCGCGGCGGUGUCUCCACACGCACUUUACGAUCCAAUCGAGACCGCCUCAAAGUCGAGAUUAAAGGUUGCGUUAUGCGAGCGUCGCGGGUAUCAGCAAACAGUUUGCUGAGUGAGGGCCGAUCAGGGUCAGAUUCUGUAACAGUGGGCAACUGGGAACGAGAAGCGGCAGUAAUGGUGAGCUCUAUCGUUGGGCCAUUGAGUCGAUGA